AUGAUCACCAACUCUGCCAACUACACAGCCGAUGACUGGCUCGAUGACAUUGCCAAGGCCAAAGCGGCUCAUAUUGAUGCCUUCGCACUCAACAUGGCCUAUGGAGACCCAACGAAUGAGAAGUCUGUUGCCAAUGCGUUUCAACACGCCUCUUCACUGGGGUUUCAGCUCUUCUUCUCAUUCGACUACGCUGGGAACGGACCGUGGCCCAAAAGCGUUGUCCAGGGCCUGAUUAACUGGGUCGAGAUCAAGGCAGCCACUGGUUGCUUUUUUAUCCCCGAUUGGUCGUCCCUUGGCGCGAAGCCAGCAAUGGCUAAAGCGAAUGGCGUUGCUGAUGGCCACUUCAGCUGGGCAGCCUGGCCUUGGGGUGACCAAAGUAUGGACACAUACGUAGACGCGUCCUAUAAGCAGUACCUCAGUGGAAAGCCCUACAUGAUGGCGGCGUCUCCCUGGUUUUACACGAAUCUUCCUGGCUAUGAUAAGAACUGGAUGUGGCGAGGGGAUGACCUCUGGUUCGACAGGUGGCAACAGAUUCUCUGGUGGCGUCCCGAAUUUGUCCAGAUUAUCUCGUGGAACGACUACGGCGAAUCACACCAUAUUGGACUUGUGCGAGAUAAGUCUCUCGAGGCCUUUACCAUUGGAAAAGCUCCCUUCAAUUUCGUUCUGCCACAUGAUGGCUGGCGGGAUACACUUCCAUUCACCAUCGACAUGUACAAGUACAACACGACGACAGUCGAUUCAGAGCGUCUGGUAGCCUGGUACAGACCCAACCCCGCAACAAGUUGCAAAGACGGCGGGACGUCUGGCAAUACGGCGUCGCAAUUGCAGCUCGAGUUUCAUCCGUGGAACGUAGCUAAAGACGCCAUCUACUUCACAGCGCUGCUCGCAUCGUCUGCCACUAUCGAGGUCACUGUCGGAGGGGUUCAGCAGAAGGCUUCCUAG